UGCCCUCUUCCGUAUUGCAGCGUUUUGUGUUCAGACAGAGAGUAUAGCAGACCAGACGUGAACUCGACGGACGGACAGAGUAACAGAGAUCAGGGACAUUAGGGUGAAAAUCAUGUUUAAACUAGCUGUAGUCGCUCUUGUGCUUCUCAGCGCCAGCUGUUUUGCCAAACAAUCUGACCCAAAAGUGCAGGUGUACAGCCGCAACCCUGGAGAGUAUGGGAAGAAAAACGUGCUGAUCUGCUACGUCAGUGGCUUUCACCCCCCUGACAUCACCAUUGAGCUCCUGAAGAACGGGCAGGAGAUCCCGGGCAGCCAGCAGACCGACCUGGCCUUCGAGCAGGGCUGGCAGUUCCACCUGACCAGGCAUGUUGAUUUCACCCCCCAGGCUGGAGAGGAGUACAGCUGCAGAGUCCGACACAUGGGCAACACAAAGACCUACACAUGGGAACCUGACAUGUGAACAACAGUUCAUUCUCUCCAGCUAUUCUCCAAAACUUCAAACCUUUGCUUUGAUUUCAUUAUGUAAUUUAGGGGUGUCCAGUCCUGCAGAGUUCAGCUC